AUGCGUGCAACAACGACUUGUCUGGCCCUGGUGGCCUUAGCAGCGGACCUUGCUGUCGCAGUCCCCGUCAAACAGCCUCGAUGGCAGCACCCGGCGCAGGAUGACUACUACGUCAACCUCGGGCCUCGCCCGUACUACCUGAUCCAGAACAUGACCGACGGCCCGCUCAAGCAGAAGCUCGAGUCGUGUUACAACGGCCCCUUUGAAGUCACCACCUGGAGCAUUGGCCAUCGCGGCGGCGGCACCCUGCAGUUUCCCGAGGAGUCGGUCGAAUCCACCAUGGCGGGUGCACGCAUGGGCGCCGGGAUCCUCGAGUGCGACGUGGCCUUCACGUCGGAUCUGGGCUUGGUCUGCCGACACUCGAUCUGCGACCUGCACACGACCACCGACAUCCUGCUCCGGCCGGAGCUCGCGGCCAAGUGCACGGUGCCGUUCACGCCGGCCAACGACACGGCCGACGCCGACGCCCUGUGCUGCACCAGCGACAUCACCAUGGCCGAGUACACGACGCUGUGCAGCAAGAUGGACGGGUUCAACGCGUCGGCCACCACGCCGGAAGACUACCAGCAUGGCACGCCUUCGUUCCGGACCGACCUGUACAACACGUGCGCGCAGGUGAUGACGCUGGAGAGCUACAUCGACCUGGUGGACUCCCUGCCAGGUUACCGCAACUUCACGCCGGAGCUGAAGACGCCGCCAGAGCAGGUGCCCAUGCCGUUCCAGGGCCACUACACGCAGGCGCAGUACGCGCGCGACAUGAUCGACACGUUCAUCCACAAAGGGAUCGCGCCGGCGCGCGUGUGGCCGCAGUCGUUCAACCCGGCCGACAUCUACCUGUGGCUGAACGAGUACCCGGCGUGGGGGGCGCAGGCGGUGUUCCUGGACGAGGACGGCGACGUGGCGUCCAACUUCAGCACGGCCGUAGCCCGCCUCCCGGCCCUCAAGGCCAGCGGCGUAAACAUAAUAUCCCCGCCCUAUCCGUUCCUUCUUGCUAUUGGCGGGCCUAACAACGACACCAUCGUGCCGUCCAUCUACGCCACCACCGCCAUGGCCGCGGGGCUGGACAUCAUCGCCUGGUCGUUCGACCGCUCGGGCCCCCUGGACCAAGUCCGCGCCGACGACGACUACUACUGGUCGUCCAUCGCGCCCAUCAUCUCCUACGAUGGCCAGGCCUACGAGGCCCUCGACGUGCUGGCCCGCCAGAUCGGCAUCAAGGCCAUCUUCUCCGACUGGUCCGCCACCGUCACCUACUACGCCAACUGCAUGGGGUUGAAGGGGCCGGGCCAUUGA